AUGUUAAAAAAUUUUAAACUUUCGAAGAGGGAUAGCAAUGGUAAAAGCAGCAGGAUAACGUCUGCUGAUAUCUCAUCUCCUUCUCAAGGUGGAUCUCAUGGAAUUCAGCAUAUUAGAACAGUCCCCAUACGAAAAGCUUCACACUCAUCCCAUCAUUCUACCGCCAUAUCCCGGAAUGGUUCCAGAAACCUAUCAUCUCCAGACAUGGCUAUUAAAUCUCUUCACAAUUAUCAAGCACAAAGUACCAAGGAGCUUUCAUUCUCAGAGGGAGAGUUUUUCUAUGUAGUCAAUGAGGAGAAAGAUUGGUUUCUAGCAUCAAAUCCAUCAAGUGGGAAGCAAGGUAUGGUACCUAAGAGUUAUUUUGAAGUUAUAGACAAAACAAGGCCGCAUUCUCGAAACGGGAGCAUAGUCAGCCGACGCAGUAGUCAUGACCAGUCAAAGAUGGGCACUCUUUAUGCGAUAGUCCUGUAUGACUUCCAAGCUGAAAAGUCCGAUGAGCUAACCGCUUACGCCGGAGAAAACCUUUUCAUUUGUGCGCAUCAUAAUUAUGAAUGGUUCAUUGCUAAGCCAAUUGGUAGAUUAGGAGGACCUGGUUUGGUGCCCGUGGCAUUUGUCAGUAUCGUUGACAUAGCAUCUGGCUAUGCCACUGGAAACGACGUUAGGGAAGAUAUCAAUUCAGUGAACUUACCUACUGUGCAAGAAUGGAAGGGCAAUAUUGCCAAAUAUAAAGCUAGUAAUAUUAGUUUGGGCUCUGUGGAGCAUCAGUCUGCGGCUCCGCCCUCUGUGCACCAGACAUCAACAAUCUUUGAGUCCGGAAUGAUUACGAAGGCAUCUGUAGAGUCGUUUGGCUUGGAAGAUGAAAAAUACUGGUUUGAAGUCCACUGCUUGAUGUCAACGGGGAAACUAAGAAAAUUGAAACGGUUUUACCAGGACUUUUACGAUCUUCAAGUUAGGUUGCUGGAUAAUUUCCCUGCAGAGUCAGGUAAGCUGCGGGAUGCCCACGGCCAGUGGACAAAGCGUAUUAUGCCAUACAUCCCGGGACCUGUACCGUACGUUACCGACACAAUCACAAAGAAGAGAAAAGAAGAUUUGAACAUCUACGUAAAGGACCUUAUCAUGCUUCCGGACUAUAUAGCCCAUUCAGAUAUGGUCAGAUCACUGUUCAGUUUGAGGAAUAAUGGAUAUGAUCACGAAGUCAACGUUGCUCAUUACAGUGGUAGUGAUAGAGAUGGUGAUACCGCAGUUCUUGGUGGCCCAGGCAAUGCUUCACAUCCUACACGUCCAAGUGAAGAUAGCACACUCACAGGUGAAGACUUAAAGCUUUACGAAAAACUCUCUGAACUUUCCUUGUCAAAGUCGAAGCCUCAUUCGAGGCCUCCUAGCACACUACCGCCUGCAUUGAAACCCACAAAAAUCAAAUUUUACUACAAAGAUGAUAUUUUCGCACUUAUGUUGAACAGCAAUAUAACUUUCGCCGAAUUGCACAGUAAGAUCGCGCCAAGAAUUGAUGUUGACAACUUUGUAUUACAAGUUAAGCAAGCCGAUGGUGAAACAGAAGUUAAAACAGAUGCUCAAGUGGCACAAAUCAUCCAGGCAAAAUCGAAGAUAUCAGUCUAUGAUGCUUGA